AUUUAACAAUUUCCUAAAACAUUAGUGUAACUGACACAAUUUUAAGUUAAUUCUUUUUUUUCCUAAGAAAUAAAUGCUUAAAGCUCAUGACUUAUAGAAUUGUUGUUGAAGUUUAAUUAGGGUUUCGACCUUUUUUAUUAUGUAUACAGUAUAAGAUAAUUACAUUCAAGAAGUUUUUAAAUCUCAGAGGCUGACACAUAACUUUUUAUUCUGCCUUUCAAUAACAGCAAUAAGUGUUAAUACUUUGAUAAAAAAUAAAAAAAAAUUAUUUUUAAUGGAUUUUUUUGAUAGUAAAUACUAUAAAAUUAAUAAAAUUGUUUUAAAAAUAUGUGGACUUUGGCCUUUUCAAUCGUAUAUAAUACAAUAUUUGAUAAGAAUAUUUAUUGCUUGUUGCUAUAUUAGUAUACUUAUUCCACAGAUGAUUUGCUACGUUAAGCUUUGGGGAGAAAGUUUAGAUGGAAUUAUGGUACGCACAUUACCUCUCUUGACUACAGUUCUUUAUUCAAUAAAAUUGCUGACUGGCAUUAUAAGUUCUGAAAAGGUAAAAAAUUUACUGAAUACAGUGAAAAGUCAUUGGGAUUUUAUGUCAUCUGAGCCAGAAUUUGAUCAAUUUCUUAAGCAGGCUCAAAGAGGAAGAGAUAGUACAAUUUUUUAUGCAAGUUAUUUAGGUUUCACUACAGUUGGCUAUCUAUUCAUGCCAUUGGUACCAUGUUUAAUUGAUCAAAUUGCACCUCUCAAUGAAACUCGAGAAAGAAUUUUUAUUUAUGAACUUGAUUAUGGAGUUGAAGACAAUACGAAAUACUUUUAUUGGAUACAAAUUCAUAUAUUUAUUAGUGCAUUUGCAAAGGAAUUUCCUCUACUUGGCUUUGAUACAUUAUUUCUUAUACUCACACAACAUGCAACUGGAAUUUUUUCCGCAUUAGGUUAUAAACUAAGGAAUAUUAACGAAAACGUACCUAAGGAAAUUAAUUUAGUUGAAAAGGAAGACAUUAUUUGUAAAGAAAUUUCAAAAUGUGUAGAAAGACACUGGAUUGGUUUAGAGUUUGUCGCUUCAAUUGAAUCAUUAUUUGCAAUCUCUUAUUUACUGCAAAUACUAAUUACUGUUGUCAUUAUAAGUCUCAUAGGAAUAUUGGUAUUAAUUAAUUUAGAUAAACCACAUGAAGCUAUAAGAUUUGUAGUGUUUGUUGUAGCACACAUGGUCAGUUUGUUUAUUUUGAGUAAAUCGUCUCAGCGAUUAACGGAUAAUACUGGCUUACUAUUUGAUAAUAUAUAUUUCUCUGAAUGGUAUGAAAUGCCAUUAAAAUGUAGAAAAAUGUUACUUCAAAUAAUGAUGAGAACUAAAGAUCCUUGCAAACUUACAGCUGCUCAAGUUUAUGUUAUAGAUAUAGAAAGCUUUUCAGGGAUGAUUCGAGCUUCAAUGUCUUAUUUCACAAUGUUGUCAUCAAUGAGAUAAACACAUAAAUAUAAUUUUUGAUAAUAAAAAAUAUAAUUUACUGUGUUCUCUACGAAUACCAGGAUGAGAAUGAUGAUUGGAUGGCCAACGAGUCAUUAUAAUAAUAUUUUUAGCCCUUCACUGCAAAAAUUUAGACCUUCUGUAGAGAUAUUUUUCACCCUCCUGCUGUAUUAGACAAUCCUUUAUUGCAUAUGUAUAAUUGUAUUGUACUCUUAUUGUUUUAUUACUUUAUUUAUAACAGAUUUUAGCCCUCUCAUGCUACCCGUAGAUAUAUUUAUUAACAAAAAUAUACCGAAAUUUUGAAUCAUUUUAUUAAUUUUCUCGGCUACUCAAAGUAAAUCAAUAUAGGGAGGAGGGGGAUUUGUGAAAGAGUUCUGCAAGAAUUGUUAUAAAAAAAAUAAUUUAAAUCAACACAAUAAAUUCAUCAAAAUUACAAAAAAUAGAUUUUAAUUUAAUCCCUCAUAACAAAAGGAUAUCCAUAUCAAUGGUCGAUAUCCUAGAAUGGUCCCCAGGAUAUCUUGGGAUAUCCAUAGGAUAUCCCUAGGAUAUCCAAACCACCGGUCUGUGGGACAUCAACAGGACAUCCAUAGGAUAUCCACAGGAUAUCCCUGAGACAUCCACAAAAUAUCUAUUGGAUAUUAUAUCGCAGGAUAUCCGUGGGAUAUCCUUAGGAUGUCCGUGGGAUAUUCUUAGGAUAUUCACGGGAUAUUUAAUAUCUCAACAUAUAUUUUUAAAGGUUAAAAUUGUUAAGCUAAUAUAAUGAAUAAUAAUAUAAUAAAAACAAAAAUCUUAUGAGCUUCUAAUUUAUUUUAAAUGAAGAUUUAAAACGCAUUUUUCAAAGUUUUUAAAUAAACUCAUGCACUUAAUGUAUAAUUAAUAUUAAUAGUUAUUCGUUAUUUGCGGGGAAGAAUUUAUAUUGUUUAAAGCCAAUUUAUUUUCUGACAAUAUUAAGCAUAUGAAUAAAGUAAUGAAUCACGAAUGAGAAAAAAAUUAGUUAAUAAUUUUUCAAAUUAUACAACUUUCUCGAAAAACAAGUUGCAUUUUAUUUUAUUUAUAUAUAAAAUUUAAUUCACAGAAUAUUCUCACUCGUAGUCUCAUAAUGACUUUAAAAACAGUAUCCUGAGAAUAUCUUCUUGACAUCGAGAAGAUAUACUGAGAAUAUCCUGAAAAUAUCUGUGGGAUAUCCUAACGAUAUCUAUGGGAUAUCCUGAUGAUAUCUGUGGGAUAUCCUGACGAUAUCUAUGGGAUAUCUGGAGGACAUUUAUGAAAGUCUAUAGAGAUAUCCUCAGAUAUCCAUGGGAUAUCCAAAGAAUAUCCAAACCUCCGAUUUUUUGGAUAUCCUUAAGAGAUCCUUUUGAUAUCCAUAGGACAUCCCUAGGAUAUCUGCGGGAUAUUAUCAAUAUAUCCCAAGAUAUCUUGUGUU